UUUAGUACCCUAGAUCAGUUUUUGCAUCACCGUAUAGCAGGUAGCACACUCACAUUACUCAAGAGCCUAAUUGCAAGGCGACUUUUUUUUUCGUAUCUGGUCAAACGGUACAUUGCUCCGGCCUCUAAGUGUUCCCGUUCUACCAUCGCCGCAUCUGCUAGCUUUGCCUAAAACCUAUUCUUCCCAAAACUAAAGAGAACUCCUUUGCUCCCUACUACCAACACACAACCUAAUAAAAGAUGUCUCACGAACGCGAGAACCAGACCUCCAACAAAAAGGUUUAUAUGGCUAAGCUCGCUGAGCAAGCCGAACGUUAUGAUGAAAUGGUAUCUUAUAUGAAGGAUGUUGCAAAGCUUGGAGUAGAACUUACUGUAGAAGAACGCAAUCUCCUCUCAGUCGCUUAUAAGAAUGUAAUUGGUGCCCGUCGAGCGUCUUGGAGAAUUAUUUCAUCUAUCGAACAAAAGGAAGAAAAUAAGGGUAAUGAAACCCAAGUUCAGAAGAUCAAAGCUUACCGUCAAAAAGUUGAAACCGAACUUUCAGAAGUAUGCUCGGAUAUCCUUGCCGUAUUGGACGAGCAUUUGAUUCCAUCUGCUGAAGCCGGUGAAUCUAAAGUCUUUUAUUAUAAAAUGAAAGGUGAUUAUCACCGAUAUCUCGCUGAAUUUGCUUCGGGUGAAAGACGAAAAGAAGCCGCCACCCAGGCUCACGAAGCUUAUAAACACGCAACAGAUAUCGCCCAAACUGACCUUGCUCCAACUCAUCCUAUUCGUCUUGGACUUGCAUUAAACUUUUCAGUUUUCUACUACGAGAUUCUCAAUUCACCUGAUCGCGCUUGUCAUCUUGCAAAACAGGCAUUUGAUGAUGCUAUUGCUGAACUCGAUACUUUAAGUGAAGAAUCGUAUAAAGAUAGCACAUUAAUUAUGCAACUACUUAGAGAUAACUUGACCCUUUGGACUUCAGACUUGCAAGAUGCAGAGGGUGAAAAACCGGAAGAAGCUAAACAAGAAGUUGAAGCUGAAGAAUCUAAGUAGCAAUAGUUAGUUAAUUUUAUUAAAAAAUAUAUAUUUCACACUUCAUAUAUAUAAAAAUCAGGUUUCCCUCAUAUUUACAUUAAGCGUGAUCAAGUUUUUUUUUAUUUUUUUUUUUCGUUUGUUUAU